AUGACAGCUUGUUGACAUCUCAAAAGACCCACACGAUACGGUUCUUGCCCUUGGCGACCAAGCAAGUGGCUAUAUAAGAUUGCAGUCGGGCAGCGAGAAAAACAAACCCGAAAUAGCAAACAGAAGAUAUGUGGUUGUCGCUUAUCUUUAUUGCCUGUCUGGCCAGCGCGAGUGGAUCCGUGGGGGCUGAGGGAAAGCUGCCGGUGGAGCAGGCCUUUGUCCCCCGCUACACUCCGGUGGCCGAGAGCAAGCGGCAGGAUUUGGAUCUACCCGCAGAAGUGGGUCUGGAUCAGCUGAAGAGACCUUCUGCAAGCGAUAAGAAGCCCUGGCGACGUGUGGAGUACGGUUACGAUGGAAUUCCUACGGCUGCAUGGGCUGCUCCCUCGCCGCCGGCUGCCAUCCUUUCCAUUCUGAAUCCCCUGCUGGCACCGGGAAUGCUACUCCUGGGUGUGAACCUAGGAGCCUUGCUCUACAUGGUGCUGGGACUCCUGGGACUUGCUCCUAAUAGAAGCGGCACCACCAGCCGUUUGGCCCUACAUCCAAAUGCCAGUCCCCAGUCCUGGCCAGACGAUCAAAUCUUCUACCACCGAGACAGACACAAUCCGGGUGAGGGCAAGGAAACGGCUGUAUAUUUCUAGAUAUAGCGCGUAACGCAAGGCUUUCUUUUAACUUAUCAAAACAUAUAUAUAUAUAAAAAAGUACAUAAAUAAAUUCAAGGUUAAAGUUAUGGGUCAAAAGAA